CUAAUUAGGUUCAAGGACACAUGUGCCACCUCUCUGUCUCUUUCCCUCUAUCUUUCUCUCUCCUUCACACUUUCUCUAGCUACCUCUCUAUACCGCUCUAUACCUCUGUGGUUUCUGCAUGGUGUUGGGGGCUGCCAAUGCUGUCGGGAAUAUCCCAGGACUAUGCUGAAAGGCCAGUGCUAUAAUUCACGGAGCUGGGAGUGCCUGGUCCGUGGUGUGAAUGAGGGAGCCAUGGCAGACCACACCCCCCCACUGGAGUCUGGCCAGCUGCUUAGCCCCGAGCUCCCACUCCUCCAGUCGCCCCCGCCCCCGGCCAUGGUCAACGGAGAGGGACCACAGCAGGUAAUCUUGGUGCAGGUAAACCCAGGUGAAGCCUUUACAAUCCAGAGAGAGGAUGGUCAGAUCCAGUGUAUCACAGGUCCUGCUCAGGUUCCCAUGAUGUCCCCAAAUGGUUCAGUGCCUCCAAUCUAUGUGCCUCCUGGAUACGUUUCACAGAUCAUCGAGGAGAAUGGUGUUCGGCGGGUGCUUGUGCUUCCCCAGCCAGAAUUCCACCACGGCGGGCACUCACCCCUGCACCACGCGCCGCCCCCGCCACCACCCCCUCACGCCCACAUGCCCGCCUUCCUGCCACACCCGCCCAUGAUGGGCCCGCCACCACCCCACCUCUACUCAGGCAUGGCAGGCGGCGCCAGCGACAUGAGACACGAGUAUAUCUCACAGUACCACCCCGCACACAUCUACUCCGAACAGGACCCCCACUCUCCCCACGGCCGCCCACAGUUUGUGCACCGCGACGAAAGGGCUAACAAAACCUACGAGCGGCUGCAGAAGAAGCUCAAGGAGCGACAGGGAGGCGAGAGAGGAGGAGGAGGAGGAGGCGGCGGAGGCGGAGGACCCAACAAGGACAGCCCUCCGUCCUCUCCGCAGAAGACCCGCGGGACUCCGCUGGUCUCGGACGUCCACAACGGCUUGGGCGGCAAGGGGCCGGAGCAGGAGCUGAGCCCCAGCGGCUCCCCCGGUUCACCCAGUCGCUCGGCCGCCAGCGGACGGGAGAGGAUCAUGGAGCCCGGAGAGUUGGAUGAAGAGGCACAGGCACUGCAAGCGAGGCUAAACAACAUUAGCAAGCCAGUGGUGGUGGAGAUCCACGCGCGUGGCGUGUCUCUGAGUUGGAGUGCCCCUCCCAGGCCAGAUGCCGAUGCCGAUGCCGAGGCCGAGGCCGGAGGCGGGGGCGCAGGGGACAGGGCGGCAGAGGGAGAGACGGAGGCAGAGGGCGAGGGUGAGGAAGCACGGGAGGAAGAGGAGGCCGAUCAGACACCUCCAGACCCCCCCUUCACCUAUGAGGUGUCCGUCUCCUACAGUGGCAAAGACGGCAGAUACAAGAGUGCAUUCAGUGGUAAGGAUCUGAGCACGACCAUCGAAGACCUUAGACCAGCAACAGACUACCACGUCAGGGUCCAGGCCAUGUGUAAGUGUUUACAAGGCUCUCCCUCAGAAGCGGUGAGUUUCACCACUCUCAGCUGUGAGCCUGAUGCCCCCAGCCCACCCAAGAAGACCAAUGGCACCAAGAACUCCCUCAGCCUGCAGUGGAAGGCUCCUUGCGACAACGGCUCCAAGAUCCAGAACUACAUCCUGCAGUGGGACGAGGGAAAGGGCACAGGGAUCUUUGAGCAGUGUUACUACGGCCCGCAGAAGCAGUACCGAGUCACCAAGCUCUCGCCAGCGUCCCGAUACGCCUUCCGCCUGGCGGCCAAGAACGACAUGGGGGUCAGUGAGUUCAGCGAGGCGGUGGAGCUGAUGACGUCGUGUGGGGUGCCAGCGCCCCCAGUCAGCCCUGAGCUUGUGCAGGCCGGGGUCACGUGGCUGUGCCUGCAGUGGCAGCGGCCCCAGGGCUCACCCCGCGAGGACGAAAUCGGCUACGUGCUCGAGAUGGAGGAGCAGGGAUCGGGCUAUGGUUUCCAGCCGAGUUACGACGGUGACGAGCUCUCUUGCACAGUCAGGAACCUCCACAGGAGCACCACCUACAAGUUCCGCGUGGCGGCCUACAACACUGAGGGCAAGAGCAACCCCAGCCCUGUGAUGGAGGUCAUCACCUCCCCAGACCGACCGGGCUGUCCGCCCCGGCCCUCGCUCAGGGGCAAGGCCAACCCCACCAGCUUCCGCCUGACAUGGGAUGCCCCCAAAGAUAACGGAGGUUCAGACAUCACAAAGUACACAGUGGAGAUGUCAGAAGGUCUGACAGGUUCGACAUGGGAAGAGGUGUACAGUGGCUCUGCGAUGGAGUGUGUGUGUGACUGUCUAAAGCCAGGCUGCUCCUAUCAGGCCAGAGUGUCCUGUGAGAGUGAGGGAGGCCAGAGCACGCUGUCGGAGCCCCUGCAGGUACAGACUCCAGCCGUCCCCCCUGGUCCAUGUCAGCCCCCCAGAGUGGCGGGUCGACCCAAAGCACGAGAGCUGCAGCUGCGCUGGAGCCCUCCCCAGGUGGAUGGUGGCAGUGCGGUGUGUGGCUACAGUGUGGAGGUGUGUGCAGCCCAGUCGGAGGAGGGCCGGGAGGUGUACCAGGGCUCUGAGCUGGACUGCACCGUUAGCAGCCUGCUGCCCGGGCGCACCUACAGCUUCAGGGUCCGAGCGGCCAACAAAGCAGGGUACGGUCCCUUCUCGGAGCGGUCAGACGCCACCACAGGCCCGGGGGCCCCAGAGCAGUGCCGAGCGCCCCACGUCACCUGCAGAUCCCCGUCCUGUGCUGUGGUCAGCUGGGAGGCUCCCCCCAGCAACGGUGCUCCAGUAACAGAGUUCCGCCUGGAGUGGGGUGCAGCUGAGGGAAGUAUGCAGGUGUGCUACUCAGGACCAGCUCUCAGCCAUGAAAUGAAGGGCCUCCUACCUGCCACCAACUACUUCUGCCGAGUGCAGGCAUUGAAUGUGGCGGGAGCGGGCCCUUUCAGCGAGGUGGUGUUGUGCCAGACGCCCUGCUCUGUGCCGGCGGCAGUCAGCGUGGUCCACGCCCUGCGGGAGAGCGAGAUGGUGGUGGAGCAGCCAGCCAGGCAGCGCCGGUAUCAGCGAGGAUGACGAGGAGACGACGAUGAAGACGAGGAUGACGAAGAGGAGUCCCCUACGUGCCUCCCUCCCCACCUGGAAACUUGGUGGGGAGUAUGCCACAGUCACUCACGGAGCCCGUAGAUCACCUCCUCCUACCUGAUCGACCUUGGGGAGAGGCAGCCAGUCCUCACCGGGGCCGUCACCAGAUACAUCCUCCAGAACCUGCAGCCAGACACCACCUACAGGUACACUCCUAAAGUGGAGCGUGUGGGCGACCAAUCCUGUGAGAUCAGCUGGGAGGCGCUGUCGCCCAUGAAGGGAGACCCCAUCAGCUACACCCUGCAGAGCAUGCUGGGAAACUCUGAGUUCAAACAGGUGUAUAAGGGCAGCUCGUCCUCGUACAUGCUGUCGGGGCUUCAGGCCACCAGCGAGUACCGUUUCCGCGCCUGCGCCCACCGUCUGUGCCAGGACGCGCCCGAGCUGGCCGGCCCCUACAGUCCCACCGUCUUCCUGCCGCCCCAGCGGCCGCCCCCGGAGGCGGGCACGGCGGCGGGCACCCGGGGGGCAGCGGAGUCGCGGCGGCCCAAGCGUAGCCUGACGGACGAGCAGCUGACGCUUAUCUUCAUCCUGCUCUUCGGCGUCAGCGGCAUCCUCAUCGCCUUCGUCAUCCAGUACUUUGUCAUCAAGUGAAAGACUGGCCCACGGAGAAGUGAAGGAUUGUGCUAAAGAGGAAAACAAAAACCACAGAUACACCCCUACAUAAAUAUAUACAUGUAUACAUACAAACCCCUCCCCAUGUAUACAUACAAACAAUCCCUGCAAACCCCCUCCCCAAUCCGACAUGGUCUGUACGGCUUUGUUUUUUUUUUUUUUUUUUUUUUUUUUUAUUUCUCUUUAUUUCUCUAUUGCUUUACUGUUAUCGUUAUAUUCAUUGACUUUCCUUUUUUAUUUUUUAUUUAUUUUUUUGUCUUAUUUUACAUCAUGGGAUUCAGUCAUCCACAAUGGAAAGGAGGUCUCUCUCUUUUCUUGUGUCUCUCGCUUUCUCAUCUAUCUAUCCCUCCCUCCAUCUCUCCCUUCACCCUCCCUUGUCACUUUUCUCUCUCUCACACUGUCGAAGGAGCUCUAUUGGUUCAGUAGGGCUGUGUGUUGUGUGUGGGGGGUAAGAGCAGUUCAGAGAAUGACUGUCUGCUCCAGAAUCUCAUCUCCUCCAUCUCAUCUCCUCAUUCAUUCACCUAACUACGUAUAUUUCAGUCACGUAUAUAUCCAUAUAUGUGCAGAUGUAAGCAUCUUGUUAUUUAUAUAUAUAUGUAUUUUUUAGCUCCGGUAUGGGAAAUUCUGAUUGGUCAACCGGUUUUGUAGGCCUGGCCCACUGGCCUUGGCUGCCCCUUUCUCGAGAAAGCGUUUGUGGGGUUAUUUUUUUUUCGUAUGGGACUGAGACAGAAGGGACUGUGGGCACUGUGCUGGCAGACUCUCGGAGCGCUCAUCUCCGAGGCACAUGCGCGAGACAGCCACCCCAUACGACGGAAAAAAAAGAAGCCGCGGGGUUGCCCGACGGCCCCCAGAAGGACUUGUGAACCCCCCACCUCCCUUUUCCCUUUCUUCCUCCCCCACGUCAUGACCCCCAAAUGUUGGGAGAGGAGUUCACAAACAGGAAGGAACCCGUAAGAGGCGCAGCAUGGCCCGUCGAGGCGUUGUAGAACGUUCAUUUAGCACUUUCCGACCUUUUUGAUGUUCCGAAUGUGUAAGGAUGCAAAAAUGACUAGAUAAAUGUUUAGUAUAUUUUUGUACAGUGAAGAAACACGGAGGGCCGUCACUCCCAAAGUGGGAAUAACCUAUGACGGGGUUUAGUGGGGAUAGACAAAACAAACAAACAAACAAACAAUAAAACAAUAAAAAAAAUCAAAAAUGAGAACCAAUCUAACAAGAAAAGAGAACUUUAGAAGAGUUAUUUUUUAAUAUCAAGUAGUUACUGUAGCUUGUUUUUACAGUUAUACAACUGCUGCUUUGCUCCAAAACAUUUGCUCAGCUCAAGGAAGAGAAAAAAAGAAUAUGAAAAAAAAAAAGUACGCUUUCCGGAAACUCCUCUUUGGUAUCUGCACCUUAGUGAAGGGAUGUGAGAUGAAACUUGACUGAAUGCAUCACCAGCUUGUGAUGCGAUAGCUGGAACUGCUCUCAGAUGGAUUGUGCAAAGUCCUAUUUCUGUCUUGGGUGUUUUAAAAAUUGUAGUUCUAUUGAAUAUAUUAAAGUCUUUGAAACUGGUAUAUGAAACUGUUAUAAUUAAAAGAAGAAGACAAAUCUAAAUGACUUCAGGAGCUCGCUGAUUAAAUUCAAAUCAACUAGCAUUUUUGGUUAAGUUUUCAUUUAUUAUUUUUAACUUUAGUUUAAACUGAUUAUGUUAAUUUUACUUUUUUUUAGCUAUAUUAAUUUUGAUGUACUGUACAAGAUAAUUACAAGAGUAUCUAAUUAUAGAAUUUAAUAUUCAUUUUGUGAAAUCCUUUGGUCCCCCUGUUGGUUGGCAUAGGGUGGUGUGGGUGGGGUGAGUUCGGAGAGGGAUAGGGCUAUGCAUUUGAGGUUUAUUUUUUUAUAUCGGAAGAUAAUUUAAGUUAAUUCUGUCCAGAGAAAGAAAAUCGUUAAAAAAAAAGAAAAAAAAUGUGUUGUGCAGAAAUGCAAAUCAGAAAGACAGCAGUGAAACCAUGUGCUCGUUCGUCAUGUAAUUCCUGUGAAAUCUAACACUUGCCUUUUCUCUGUGUUUAAGUCUUUGUGAGUGAUUGCGAAUGCGGAAAACACAUACAGUGUAGCAGUCUGCUAGUAGGGUUUUUGUGAUGUGUUUGGUUAUGGGAACGGCCAUUGCUGUUGCAACAGUUAAAAACAAGUACAACAGAUACUUUGCAAGAAGUCUUGGAUGAUUUAAAAAAAAACAAAAGAAUUACAUGAUUUGGUCUUCUAGAUAUUCUGCAAUGUCUCAAAUUCCUAUUUUUGAUAGUGAUUUAAAAAAUGUAAUUGCAACAUAUGUGCCAUUUUAGCACCUCCCCUCACCAUGGUAGACCCCCCUACUAUUGGCUGGCGGGAGAAAGGAAGCUACAAAAAGAAAAAAAAUAUGCACAAAAAAAUGAGACCAUUUUUAUGUAAUUUUAAUGUUUGCAGUUACCUCAUACACCGUACAUUCCAAAAUGAGAGAUUUGUUAUACUCUACAUAAAACCAGACAUAUCACUUUAAACUGUUCGUUAUGAAAUAAAAGAAAUGUAUAAUCAUAAAUAUGUAUCUAAAGCGUAUCUGUAUAGCCAUGAUAUCUACAGAAGAUCCAUGCACAAUAAAAGAUUUAUAAUUCUU